AUGAUCCGCUAUUUCGCCACAAUGGCAGCCCUUUUGCCUUGCAUGAUUCCCACUCUCGCUCAGGAGGAGCGGAGUAAUAACGUCGGACCGGUCAGCAUGAUCACCACCGAGCUCCGCAACAGAGAGAUUAUCAGUGGAACUACUGUACUAGAUGACGGCAGAACAUUCAAAUACAUUCAGACUAUGAAGCCAAGCAUGACGGGGGAUGUCGUAUACGUCGACCUAAUCACUACCGUUCCUACAACCUCUACUGCAAUCUCAAAGGACGAAGAGGAGCCGCAGGAAACCAAAUCUCCCGCCGAACUGUUCCCUGGGGCGGAGAAAGAGCAGGGUUCAUAUGACCACAUCGGGUGCUACAAUGAGACUAUGGAACUUGAGAACAUGGGUGGUUAUGACACUGACGCCUGUGGAAUUAGUGGUUCCUCAGUGACCAUAUGA